GCACACCACCUUUGUGUCAAUCCAACUUAUUUAUCAUUUUCAGCAGUUACACUUCACUCCGCCAUUAUUUGUUUCUCUCCCCCCAAUAUCUCUCUCCCUAGGGUUUCUGUAAUCUUCCUCUCUCUGCUUUCUCUCAGUGUGUUGUUUAUUUUUGUUGAUUUCGUUUCUUUUUCUUGUGUACAUCUGAUAUUCUGAUCCUGUGUUCGCAGUUUACACUCCUGAUCGCCGUCUCUUCAGUGACCACACAAUGAGAUAUUACGAAGAAGAGGGUGAGAUAAUCCCUGAUUGUGUGAUAAAUUACCAGACUGUUGAUGAAAAUAAUCAGCCAGUUCCAUUUUCUGUAUUGCCACUUCUAUGGAGCGAGGAUGAGACCCCAGCCCCAGGCAACUCGGAUACGCAGAUAUUAUUAUGUGGAACUGCAGUGACUGGACCAAAAAUGUAUGAGAAGGUAAUAGCAUGGAGACCAGAAAUUUCUUAUGCAUUGCCAAUGAUUUACGUUCUUUCCAAGGAAAACAAGGUGUGGAUGCAGCUCCGAAAGCCUAGGAGAAGCUUUGAAGAUUGUAUUAUGUCCACUCUGGUAACUGUUCAUUGCCUCCAUUUCUUAAAAUGGAAUCGUAAAGCAGAUGUAUCUGCUCUAUGGACACAGUUGCGCAAAGUUUUUAGCACCUAUGAUGUCGCGCCGUCGAAGCGCCAUCUCUUAUGUCAUCUGCCUCUAAUAAAUGAAGCUGCAAAGAGAGAUAAAGGUUUAGGAAAAUCUGAGCUUCUGCCUACACUGUUGUUGGAGAUUAAAUUAAACUUUGAAGUAGGCAGUCAGGUGGAUUAUGAAGAGGAUGACAGUGACAAUGAUGAUGCAACAUUUGAUUCUGUUUGUGUCCUUUGUGACAACGGCGGUGUACUACUCUGUUGUGAAGACAAGUGCUUAAGAUCCUUCCAUCCAAAUAUAAAUGUUGGAGUUGAAUCGUCCUGUGAAUCCCUUGGCUAUAGUGAUUCUCAAGUUGAUGCAAUGCAGACUUUCUUUUGCAAUAAUUGUCGAUAUCAACAACAUCAGUGUUUUGUUUGUGGCAAAUUGGGCUCUUCUGAUCAGUCUUCUGUUCCAGAGGUCUUCCAGUGUGCCAAUGCAGAUUGUGGUCAUUUCUACCAUCCAAACUGUGUCGCUGAACUCCUGCAGCCUUGUGAUACGUUUAAAAGGAGUGAACUACAGCAGAAAAUCCAUUCUGGAGAAUCUUUUGUAUGUCCUGCCCAUAAAUGUAAUAUAUGUGUGAAAGGAGAGGAGAAAACAGUUCACGAGUUGCAAUUUGCAAUGUGUAGACGCUGUCCGAAGGCAUACCACCGGAAAUGCUUGCCCAGCGAGAUUACCUUCCAAAGUGAUGGGAUUAUUGAUCAAAGGGCUUGGGAUGGUCUCUUAUCGAAUCGUGUUUUAAUUUACUGCAUGGACCAUGAAAUCCUUUCUGAAAUUGGGACACCUAAAAGAGACCAUAUUAUUUUCCCUAAUGUUGAGGGGAAAAUGCAAACAACUUCUGGAUUACUUUCAAGCAAAGAGAAAAUGAUAAAAAGCAAGGAUAUGGGGACUUUGACAAUGACAAGUCCUUUGAAGCGGAGUCUUAAACACGCAGGGAUAUAUUGUGGUCAUUCGACCUCUGCUACAUUUACUGGGGAAAAGGUAUUCAGGCAUGCCAACAUAGAUAAAAGCAAGUUAUCCGUGCCACAGAAAACAAUGCACAUGCCCAAUUCUGACAAAGGAAAGAUAUCAGACGGUUACAAGAAUCGGAUUGCAGAUAAAUUUAUGAAAGUUGAAAGCAGGGGCCAGCCUCCAGUUGAUAUUGAGCUUAAAUUACGGAUGUUAAAGUUGAUAGAGGAUUCAACAUCUUCAUUUAACAAGGAAGAAUUCUUGAAAGGCAAGAAAACAUCAUCACUGUAUUCAUCGCAUGCAAGGAUUGCAGAGGACAAGACCUUUACUGAAGGGAAGGUGAAAGGCUAUGUAAAGGCUGUUCAAACUGCUUUGAAGAUAUUAAAUGACGGGGGUAAGCUGGAGGAUGCAAAAGCUGUAUGUGAGCCACAAGUUCUCAAACAACUUGUCAGAUGGAAGAAGCAACUGGAUGUUUAUCUUGCCCCUGUUCUCCAUGGAAACCGCUAUACAUCUUAUGGUCGGCACUUCACUAAAGUGGACAAGCUUGAGUUGAUAGUGGAUAAGCUCAAAUGGUAUGUGCAAGAUGGUGACACGAUAGUAGAUUUUUGUUGCGGAUCGAAUGAUUUUAGCUGCUUAAUGAGAGAGAGGCUCCACAAAAUGGGAAAGAUCUGCUCCUUCAGAAACUUUGAUUUGUUUACACCUAAGAAUGACUUCAAUUUUGAGCAAAAAGAUUGGAUGACUGUCACUUUAGAAGAAUUACCUGCUGGUUCUAAUCUGAUUAUGGGCCUGAAUCCUCCUUUCGGUGUCAAUGGAAACUUAGCAAACAAGUUCAUUGACAAGGCGCUCACGUUCAAACCAAAGCUAAUCAUUCUUAUAGUUCCCUCGCUAACUGAAAGACUUGACAGAAAAAGGAAACUUCCGUAUGAUAUUAUUUGGGAGGAUCAAUGUUUACUAUCGGGCAAGGCAUUUUACCUGCCUGGAUCAGUUGAUGUGAAUGAUAAGCAACUAGAGCAGCAUAACCGGUUGGCACCACCACUGUAUCUUUGGAGCCGUCCAGAUUGGACUGCUAAGCACAAACAAAUAGCUGAAACUCAUGGCCACUUCACAGUCACACGUGAUUCAUUACAGAUGGGAAAGAUGGAUACAGGAGAAAACCAUGAUGGGAUGUAUCAGGAUAUGGAAGUGGAUUCGCCUGUCUAUUUGCCUUGCAACAACGCAGACCAAAAAAGCUCAUUUGACUGGAGUUUGAUGGGCUCGUAUCCAAGUCAUUACCCAACGGGAAUGCAGCACCGUGCUGUUUCCUCUGAUGCUAUGUGGGAUGUCUAUCAUAAAGUCCUCCCCCAGCAUUCUGAUGUUCCGGGUGCUAUGCAGGGUAUCAUCCAUGAAGUUCCACCCCUGCAUCCAUCUGUUGGUUACAAUUCUGUGGAUGGUGUCCACCAUGGAGCUUUCCCCCCGCCUUGCCAAUAUCCAACAGAGCCUUACUAUUAUCCAGGAUGGCCUGGUUUCUAACCUUCCAAUGAGAAUCUGUUGAUGCUUUUGGAGGAACCUUUCCAGUUGAUGUCCUGAUCAGCUUGUAUAUGAUCUCGAACUACUAAAAGUGUACUAACAGUAGCUGCUGUGUGCGUGAUGGAUUCAGUUUUUACUUUGUGCGCGUGGAUUCAGUUUUUACUUUGUGUGUGUGGAUUCAGUUUUUACUUUUGUGUGCGUGGAUUUUCAGUUUUUGCUAUGUAUGGUGUAUGGAUGCAUAAUGUUUCAGUUUAAACCAUGUGGCCCGUUCUUGUGGAAUCAAGUAAUUAACACCUUAAUCUCCCA